CACCCACGUACAGUUCCGAAACAACGGUUAAGAACAUAUUGUGGGCCUUUGUAUCCUAUACAGAAAUAAGCAUUACCUUCUUCGGUUUCUCGAAUUUUGGUCAUGCUUGGGUGACGGUGAGCCAGCUCUCUAUAAAUUCAUGUACCCUAGCUUCACAAGCACCACAACUCAAGUUUGCAAUCGAAGUACGAAAAAAACAGCACCAGCGCUGUAAUCCACCUUGGCAGAUAGAUGGCGUCCGCGAACGCGGGCACCCCUGGUUUCCCUGUGCUUGCGGCCAUCGCGCUCGCAUGCUUACCCUGCUUCCUCUCGAUUGCAUCUUCUUCAGCUCCCAGUGCACCACCUCACGACACACCUGACACUGAUCUCCAGGCGCUGCUUUGCCUCAAGCUCCGCCUCUCCGGCACCACCGGCGCCAUGGCUUCAUGGAGAAAUGAUUCAGCGCAGUACUGCAGCUGGCCUGGUGUCACCUGCAGCAAGAGACACACAUCUCGUGUGGUCUCCCUGGCUCUCGAUUCAGCUAGCCUCCAUGGUCAGAUACCACCUUGUAUUGGCAACCUCACUUUUCUUAGGUCUAUUCACCUUCCGAAUAAUAAACUGAAUGGGCAAAUUCCACCUGAACUGGGGAACCUGAAUCACCUCACCUAUUUGAACCUCAGCUACAACGGCCUCACUGGCAUCAUACCAAACUCUCUGUCUUCCUGCUCUCGCCUUCAGAUCAUUGAUCUGGCGAACAAUUUUCUUGACGGUGAGAUCCCCUCGAGUCUCAGCGAAUGUUCAGAACUUCAGAAGAUCCACCUGUUCAACAACAAACUACAUGGAAUCAUCCCAAACGGGUUAGGUACACUCUCCAAACUAUCAGUUUUAUUUCUCGCCAACAACAAUCUAACCGGCGACAUUCCUUCUUCACUUGGAAGCAAUUCAAUUCUCAGUACUGUCAUCCUCACAAACAACACGCUGACCGGAGGCAUCCCACCUCUCCUUGCAAAUAGUUCAUCACUUCAAUUUUUAGAUUUGACAAACAAUCAUCUCAGUGGGGAGAUUCCUUCUGCCCUUUUUAAUAGCUCAUCAAUUGUAGUAUUAGCCCUUGGAGUUAACAACUUUGUUGGAUCUAUCCCACCACUCGUGCGUAUCUCCUCACCACUAGAGAUUCUAAUCCUAUCCGAAAACAGUCUCUCUGGUUGCAUGCCUUCCUCUCUAGGAAACUUUUCCUCUCUUACUUGGCUCUUGCUUUCGCAGAACAGCAUCCAAGGAUCCAUCCCAUCGAGUUUAAGCAUCAUUCCUACAUUAGAACAAUUAGACCUGAGUUUCAACAACCUGUCAGGGACUGUUCCAGAUUCUCUUUACAACAUGUCAACACUGACAUACCUUCACAUGGGCACGAACAGCCUUGUUGGGGAAAUUCCAAAUAACAUUGGACACACCCUACCAAAUAUUCAGACACUGAUUUUACAAGGAAAUAAAUUUAGCGGUCAAAUCCCUUUAUCACUGGCCCUCGCAACAAAUAUUCAAGUGAUAAAUCUCCGUGACAAUGCACUCCAUGGAAUUGUUCCCUCUUUUAGGAACCUUCCCUACUUAACUGAACUCAAUCUAGGAAUAAAUCAACUCGGAGCCGGAGACUGGUCGUUCUUAUCCUCACUGAGAAAUUGCGACCAGUUGGUUCACUUAUGCCUAGACAUGAACAUCCUUGAAGGAACACUACCAAGUUCCAUUGGCCACCUUCCAAGGAGUUUACAAGUAUUAUUGUUAACAGCAAACAAAAUAUCUGGAACCAUACCGCAGGAGAUAGAGCACCUCAAAAACCUUACACUUCUUUACAUGGAACAUAAUUUACUUGCUGGAAAUCUCCCAGACUCAAUUGGAAAUCUUCCAAACUUGUUUACCCUUAGCUUAUCCCAAAACAAACUUUCCGGACAAAUACCGCAUUCCAUUAGUAAUCUCAGUCAACUAAAUGUGCUUAAUUUACAAGAAAAUAAUUUGAGUGGUUCAAUCCCAAAAGCUUUGGGAUACUGCAAAAAAUUGGAAGCACUGAACCUCUCCCAUAAUAGCUUCAGUGGCAGCAUACCAAAGGAGCUCUUUACUCUUUCCGCACUUGCGGAAGGUUUGGAUUUGUCUCACAACCAACUAUCUGGAGAAAUACCGCUCGAGAUUGGAGGCUUGAUCAACCUCGAGUCCCUGAAUAUUUCCAAUAACCAAUUGAGUGGAAUAAUCCCCUCCACUCUAGGAGACUGCAUGCACUUGGAGUCCCUCCACAUGGAAGGGAACCUUCUACAUGGGGCAAUCCCUAAACCUUUCAUUAAUUUGAGAGGCGUCACUGAGAUGGAUCUUUCUCAAAAUAACCUGUCUGGUGAAAUCCCUGAGUUCUUUGAGUCUUUGACAUCUAUGAAGCUUCUGAAUUUGUCAUUCAACAACCUUCAGGGACCAGUACCAACAGGUGGGAUAUUUCAGAACACAGGAGAGGUGUUCAUUCAAGGUAACAAGUUGCUAUGCGCCAAUAUCCCUUUGCUACAGCUGCCACAAUGUAAUAAAGAGGCAUCCAAAAAAUGGCGAGCCUCUGUUAUUCUGAAGAUAGUAGGAUCUACUGUCCUUUCUUUGGUCUUGCUAUCACUGUUUGCCGUUGUUAUUUUGAAGAAGAGAAAGAAAGUUACACAGUCAUCUCAUCCAUCUUGCAAGGAGUUGCUGCAGUGCUCGUAUGCUGAUUUAGUCAAAGCAACAAAUGGCUUCUCUUUGGCCAACUUGGUUGGCUCUGGAAAAUCUGGAUCAGUCUACAAAGGUAGAUUUGAGUUUGAAGAAAAUACGGUUGCUAUCAAGGUUUUCAAACUUGAUCAACUUGGAAUACCAAAGAGCUUCCUUACUGAGUGUGAGGUAUUGAGGAACACUCGCCAUCGUAAUCUUGUAAGGGUGAUUACUGCAUGCUCAACAUUGGAUACAUCAGGACAUGAAUUCAAAGCUCUUAUUCUUGAAUAUAUGCCUAAUGGUAGCCUAGAGGGCUGGCUCUAUCCUAAACUGAACAAUUAUGGAUUGAAAAGACCAUUGAGUUUGAGCUCCAGAAUAACAAUAGCAACGGACAUAGCUUCUGCUUUGGAUUAUCUACACAAUCGUUGUGUGCAGCCUGUGGUCCAUUGUGAUUUGAAGCCCAGCAAUAUCCUUCUUGAUGAUGCUAUGGUUGCACGUCUUGCUGACUUCGGGUUAGCUAAGUUUCUUCAAAGUUUUAGUCAUUCUUGCCAUCAUAGUUCUACAAGCUUACUGGGACCAAGAGGAUCAAUAGGAUACAUUGCGCCAGAGUACGGCUUGGGGAGCAAACUCUCAACUGAAGGCGAUGUCUACAGCUAUGGAAUUAUCAUCCUAGAAAUGCUCACGGGAAAGCGUCCAACAGAUGAGAUGUUUACUAAUGGUUUGAACCUUCACACAUUUGUGGAAAAAGCAUUUCCUCAAAAGAUUACUGAAGUUCUAGAUCCUUGCAUCGUUCCAAGUUCUGAAGAUGGUGAUGUGCACGACAAUUUGAACCAUGGAAAUAAUGCAACAGAUGGCGUGAAGAGCUGCAUUGUGCAGCUUGUUAAACUCGGUCUCCUGUGCUCUAUGGAGACACCAAAAGAUCGACCCACAAUGCAGGAUGUUUAUGCUGAAGUCAUCACAAUCAAAGAAGCAUUUGCAGCGCUACAUGGUUGAGCAUGUUCUCUAGUUGCAUGGCAGCCUAAGUCCUGGAUCUCCAUGAGAGCAGGCUGAUAGUCUUCCAUCCUACGCUUUCUCAAUGUUCUUUCUGAAAGAAAAUACACCACAGCCUCAUUCCUAAUAGAACUAGUAGGCUCAAUGCUCUCUCUACAUCUAUGCGAAUUUCAAUCAAGUUGACGAUUUUAUACCUUCAUCACUGUACAACCUCACGCCUCUGUAAUACCAUUUGCCCUAGAGUUCAUCGAGCUCAGCAGCCUUCUUUGCAAUGACCUGGCUAAUUGGUGGUUUCAUAGAUCAAGCACCUCGAUAGGCCAGAAUUCGUUUUCCAGAGUGGUACCCAUAUGCCACGGAAUUAACCUAGGGAUCUGUAGUCACUUGUACAACUAAGCUAAAGCAAAAAGGACUAUAGGGAAUAAGAGACAUGUACAGCAACCAUCUAUUAACUGAAGAAACAUGGAGAUCAUCUAGUGUAUAUA